UAUCGCGAGAUCUCAGGUUGUCUGUAGGACGUGGGUUUGUUUGUUGUAAAGUCAAGUUCACAAAUUGACAGAGGUUGCUUUAAAAUGGCAGCGUUUUGUAGAACAGCAGCGCUGCUCCUGCAGCAUACAAAAACCUCGUCUUGUGCCCUCAUUGCAGCAAGAACAUAUAGUUCAGGUGGGCAGUUCCAGCACAUCAUUGUGGACAGGAAGGGGGAGAAACAGAAUGUGGGGUUUAUCCAGUUAAACCGUCCGAAGGCCCUGAAUGCUCUCUGUGAUGAGCUGAUGACUGAGAUGGGCCAGGCUCUAGAUGCUUUUGAGGAGGAUAAGCAAAUUGGCGCUAUAGUCAUUACUGGCAGUGAGAAAGCAUUUGCAGCUGGGGCUGACAUCAAGGAGAUGCAGAACAGAAAUUUCCAGGAGUGCUAUGCUGGUAAUUUCCUGGCUCAUUGGAACAAAGUGUCUCUCGUUCGAAAACCUGUCAUAGCAGCUGUGAAUGGAUUUGCGCUGGGUGGAGGCUGUGAGUUGGCUAUGAUGUGUGACAUUAUUUAUGCUGGGGAGAAGGCACAGUUUGCACAACCAGAAAUCCUUCUGGGGACCAUUCCAGGUGCUGGAGGAACUCAAAGGCUAACAAGAGCUGUAGGCAAGUCUUUGGCUAUGGAAUUGGUCCUCACUGGCGACCGGAUAUCGGCUCAAGAAGCUAAGCUGGCAGGUCUUGUAAGUAAAGUGUAUCCUGCAGACCAGGUAGUACAGGAAGCAAUCAAAUGUGGAGAAAAAAUUGCUGGCAACUCUAAACUUGUUUGUAUAAUGGCAAAGGAAGCUGUCAAUGCUGCAUUUGAGUUGACAUUAGCUGAAGGAAAUAGAAUGGAAAAGAGAUUAUUUCAUGCAACCUUUGCUACAGAUGACCGAAAGGAAGGAAUGACUGCAUUUGUGGAAAAGAGAAAAGCUGCCUUUACUGACAAGUAAAGUGCAUCAACAUUGAAAAGUUUUCACAGAGCCUUCAGAUUAGAGGAACCAUUCCAUCGCAGUCAUUGACUUUAGAGGCCUUGAAUUAAACUUCUAGGUUUGUUUUUGCUUCCUGUCAGAAGAAAAAAAGAUAUUACACAUUUUACAGAUUUUUUUUCAAUUAAAAAUACAUAUUAGAACUGAUUAUUGCUUAUCAACUGACACAUUUAAAAAUUGUAUUUUAUUUACAUAGGACAUCCUAAUAAAACUGUUAGACUUAACAA